AAAAAAAGAUGACAGCAAAACUUUGAUCAAGUCCUGUCAUCGGAGUCCUCGGAUGUCACGAUACAGGGCUUCAAGUCGCCAUAAACCUUCUAGAAACCAGUCACACUAUCAAAACCGCACCAACUGCAUCCUAUUUCAGUCGUCGCAUGCCUAGUGCGCCAUCUUCAACAAGGUUGUUAGUGCUGACUACUCACGGGCGGCCGAAAUUGCCUCAACUUGCGGGGAAGACGGAGCAUCCAACGACGAAUCAACGUAGUUCAAGUCCAGAAACCAAAAGAUAACGGCAGUCAACCUGUCCCAGGCUGUCUGCUGUAGGCCAUGCGGUCUAAGCAUCAGAUAUUCAUCACUGUUCCUAUCCCGAGCCGUGUGCCGCCGGAAAUCGUCCUUGCUCACAUCCAGACCUACACGCCUAUGCUGGCCAACAACGAUGUUAUUAUGAGCUUCAAAGAGACGACUCCCAACGUGGAGCUCGUCAGCAGAGAUCCGUUCUUUGGGACGCCAAAUAGCAGCGUGAGGACGUUUUCUUCCAGUGAGAGACUCAUGCUAGCGCCGGGUCUGACGAGGGAUAGGAGCUGGCCUGUGACGUGUCUGAGUAUACCGAAUGGUAUCCGCUGUAGAGCUGAUGCUAAGGCUGGUGUUACUGUGAGGACGGAGUGGAUUGUGAGGCCGAGGCAGGAGUUUGGGAGUAGUCCAAGCACUAGCAGUCCAGGAACUUUGGCGGAGGAGUGGGAGUUGUAUGAGGAGGUUAUCAUUGAGGCGAAUAGUCUUCUCAUGCCAUUUGUUGCGAGGACUGCUGAUGAGGUUCAUAGAGGGAUCUGUCAGAAGGUUGUGGAUGAGGUUGUGAACAAAUACUUAGCCAAUGGUACUCAUUGAUGAAUUUUAAUAACAAAUACCUACCCAUUGAUUGAUACUGAUCGAUGAAAUUACUCUAACCUCUUCAGAUGCC